CCUCCGAGUCGUGCGGUCAGCAGCUGAACCCCGACACUAGACCUGGCCAACAAAAUAAGGCAAGAGCUGCCUCGGCCGCGAUGUGGCUCAAGUCACUCUAACUCCGAUUCGAGCAGAGCUCCAGAGACACAGCUGCGGGAAAGCAAAGGACACCGGUGGGUCACGGUUUCAGUCCGCACGGAGUCGGCUUAAAGUAGGGCUCUUAAAGCUACGGAAUUCGUGCGCUCGUUUCCGUUUUUGUUUUCGUGUCGCCGCGUGUGUGUGUAUGUGCCAGUGUGUGGCCGGCACUCCCGCUCCUGCUACGAGCUGAAGGCGAAUACAGCUCGCUGGAUCGGCCGGAGCAAACAAAGCCACCCAACACCCAUGUGUUGUGUGCCCGAAAUAAAAUCACAUAAAAUGCGACCAAAUCUGCAGCAUGCAUUAAACAAGAGCCUGGCAAACAACGAGCUCCUCGCAUACAUACAAUAUUCAAACUAAGUGGGCGCCCAAGUCCGGCAAUUCAUAAGGAAGCUCUGAUAAGUCCUGCUCUGGUCCUUCGCACCGGAUCCUGGAGAGAUGCCGUCGAUGGAGCCCUGGCUGGGGGGUGAUUCCUGGCUGGGGAUGCUGCGGCUCCGGCUGCAUAAAUCAAACAUGGACUUCACGUGUUUGUUCUGCUGCAGCCUGGCCUUCGUCCUAUAUCUGAACACCCUGAACGCUGGCUUCGUCUACGACGACAGACGUGCAAUCCUGGCCAAUGCGGACGUCUCGGGCGGAUCCCCCUGGCAGCGGAGCUUCUCGAGCGACUUCUGGGGCACUCCGCUGACGGACAGCGGCUCCCACGGAUCGUGGCGUCCGCUGUGCGUGCUCAGCUUCCGGCUCAACUAUCUCCUGGCCGGCGGCUUCGCGCCGUGGGGCUUCCACCUGGUCAACAACCUGCUGCACUGCGUGGCCACUGCGCUGGUGGUGCGGGUGGCCCGCACGCUGAUGGCCUCCGUGUGGGCGGUCCUGGCCGCCGGCGCCCUCUUCGCCGUCCACCCGAUCCACACGGAGGCGGUGGCCGGGGUGGUGGGCCGGGCGGACGUGGCCGCCUGCGUCUGCUACCUGCUCACGUACCUCAGCUACCUGCGGCACAUGCGGUGGCGCGAGUCGGGGGACCCCCGCCAGUGGCUCGCCCUGGGCGCCACCCUGCUCCUGGCCCUCGCCGGGCUGCUCUGCAAGGAGACGGCGGUCACCGCCCUGCUCGCCUGCGCCCUUUUCGACGUGAUGCGCGGUCUGAGCGGACAGGUGGACAAGCAACGCCUUCGAUCCGUGUGCAUUGUGAUGGGCGCCCUGUUCUGCGGCGUCUACUGCCGCCUGGUCGUCGUCCCCGGACCGCAGACGGCCUUCUCCAGCGCGGACAACCCGAUCGCGAGGACGCCCUCCGCCUGGACGCGGCUGCUGACCUUCCUCUACCUGCCCGUCUUCAACCUGCGGCUGCUCCUCCAGCCGAACGUCCUGAGCUUCGACUGGGGCAUGGACGCUCUGCCCAGGGUGACCUCUCUGUGGGACCGCCGCAACGCCCAGUCCGCCUGCUUCUACUCGGUGCUGGUGGGCGUGGCGUGGCGCAGCUGGCGGCAGCUGCUGAGCGGACCCAAGGAGCUGCCGGGAGGGAGUGGAGUGGCCGCCGCCUUCCCGCAGUACCACAUCCAGAAGGUGCCCAGUCGCAAGUCGCGCUCCAAGCGCAAGCGGAUGGUCAGCAGCAGCAAGUUGCAGGCCUUCGAGGCGGCCUACCGCCAGCAGGAGGCGCUUCCCUGCCGCGACUGCAACAACAACAGCAGCGGCUUCGUCUACGAGGGCGGUUCCCACACCCAGAACCAGAACCACAACCCGAACCAGAACCCGUCCCCCGCCCAGAGCCACCCCCAUCACCUAGUGUCUUCCGCCUUCCGCGGCUCCCGCAGCAGCAGCAGCUGCAGCAACAGCACGAACAGCAGCUCCAGCUCCAGUUCCAGCUCCAGCUCCAGUUCCAGUUCCAGCUCGAGUUCGGCGGGGAGCUCUGGCUUCCACUGCUCCUCCAGGGAGUACGCGCUGGAGGGGAUGUCGCGCGGCAACCGGCACGCCUGCGUGGUGGUCAUGUCCCUGGGCUUCCUGGUCCUGCCCUUCCUGCCCGCGAGCAACCUGCUCUUCUACGUGGGCUUCGUGGUGGCCGAGCGCCUGCUGUACCUGCCCAGCGUGGGCUUCUGUCUCCUGGUGGGCUACGGCGUCUCCAGGCUGAUGGCCUGCUCCCCGAGAGCCCGCUGUGCCCUCCUCCUGAGCUUCAGCGUCCUCCUGGCCGCCAUGAGCCUGCGCACCCUGAGGAGGAACGCGGACUGGCGGGACGAGGAGAGCCUGUACCGCAGUGCCAUCGCCGUCAAUCCGCCAAAGGCGCUGGGCAAUCUGGGCAGCGUGCUCAGCUCGCAGGGACGAUACGAGGAGGCCAAGCAGGUCCUGCAGGAGGCUAUUCGCUACCGGCCCAACAUGGCAGAUGUGCAUUUCAACCUGGGCAUCCUGCACCAGAACCAGCAGGUCUAUCCGGCAGCCGUCGAGUGCUUUCAGCGCGCCAUCAAGUUCCGACCGAAUCUGGCGGUGGCCUACCUCAACCUGGGCAUAUCAUUCAUAGCGCUGGGAAAGCGCCAGCAGGCCAUCGAGACCCUGCAGGCGGGCUCCACUCUGGAUGGGGCCGCCGUCCGAGAUCGGGGAGCCCACGACCAGGCGCGCAGCUCGGCCUACUUGCAGCUGGGCGCCCUCUACGUGGAGCAGGGCAAGCUGCAGCGGGCGCUGGCGGUCUACCGGGAGGCCCUGUCCUCCCUGCCGGGACUGCCGCAGCAGCGGGAGGUGCUCUACCAGCGGAUCGGGGACGUCCUUGGCCGCCUGCAGCAGUGGGACGAGGCGGAACGCCACCACCGCGCCGCCCUGGAGCUGCAGCCCAACCAGGUGGCCGCCCACAUCUCCUACGGCAUCACCCUGGCCAGAAAUAGCAGCCGAGCCUCGGAGGCGGAGAUGUGGUUCAAGCGGGCCCUGCAACUGGCGCCCGACCAGGCCAGCGUCUACCAUCACUACGCCGAGUUCCUUUCGCUGCAGUCGCGGCACCACGAGUCCGCCGUCUAUCACCGGAGGGCCGCUGAGCUGGAGCCGAACGACUACGCCCUGGUGGUGGCAGCUGCCACCGCGAUGCGGCUGCUGGACAGGAAGGUGGAGGCGGAGAUGUGGUACCGCAAGGCAGUGGCUCUGCGACCGGACGACGCCCAUGCCCACACCAAUCUGGGGGCCAUCCUGCACCUGCUGGGACGCACGAACCACGCGGCUGCCAGCUACAAGGCGGCUCUGCGACUCCAGCCCGGAGACGCCAUCACGCUGGGCAACCUGGCCAAGCUGGGAGUGACGAAUGUCUAGCAAUUGCGGCGGCCACUUUCGCCGAGCAGCUGAUGAUAAAGUUAAUUAGCCACAGAGCAGAGAUAUUUUUAUAUGUACGGGAGAGGAGGGAAAGGAGGGAAAGGAGGGCAGGAGGAGCGUUAGAUAACUCUACAGAAUUUAUACAAAGGACUUCGAUACAUAUGUAUAUCAUUUAGCAGCUGGCAGCCGUGUAAAUAUCCAAGCAGCGACCAAGAAUGUCACAAAUAGAUAGCGAUACAGUACCGAUACAGAUACAGAUACAGAUACCGAAGCGGAGCUGACAAAGAUUGAGCUAGAUACAGAUAGAAUCAGUGGAGGAGCGACAGAAAGAACAAUAAUUAAAAUACCUAACUGAUAAGGGAACGAGUUACUGUACAGCUGCAGACAGGAUGCAGGAUAGUGGGAACGAUGAUUGGGUAACUACUCGUAAUGUGCUUAAAUAUCCGUGUAAAUUACUGUACAUACGAGGCCCCGCAGCCAAAGGCGUGGGUCGUAUUAUUGACUAUAUAUAUACGAUAUGACUUGCUUCUCGAGAUUGUUUUCUCCGUUGUGUGUACAUUUUAGUUAAGCAAAUAAAGAUACCGAUGCAGUGUAUGGAUUGUAUAGAGAUACGGCAAGGAGAAUAUAAUAAAACCAAAUGAAUUGAAA